UCUCUCUAGAAAACCAUUUCCCAUUUUCUAGUGAGAGGAAAAACCCUUUUUUCUGUUAGCGUAAACUCUCCGACUAGAAGAGAGAGAGCAAAAGGAGGAAAAAGAGUUGUGCUGCGAAUUCAAUCCAAUGGCCAACACCAAUCUUCCGCGUAGAAUUAUCAAGGAGACGCAGCGGCUUCUGAGCGAACCAGCACCCGGAAUAAGUGCUUCUCCUUCAGAAGACAACAUGCGAUACUUCAAUGUUAUGAUUCUUGGACCAACACAGUCUCCUUAUGAAGGAGGAGUCUUUAAGCUCGAGUUAUUUUUACCAGAAGAAUACCCAAUGGCUGCUCCAAAGGUUCGCUUCCUCACUAAGAUUUACCACCCUAACAUUGAUAAGCUUGGAAGGAUAUGCCUGGAUAUUCUCAAGGACAAAUGGAGUCCUGCUCUUCAAAUUAGAACUGUGCUUUUGAGCAUUCAAGCACUUCUGAGUGCUCCCAAUCCUGAUGACCCACUCUCUGAAAACAUUGCCAAGCAUUGGAAAUCAAACGAGGUUGAAGCUGUUGAAACGGCUAAAGAGUGGACGCGCUUGUAUGCAACUGGUGCAUGAAAAUGACAUGGACCCGAGUUUCCUCUAAUAACUCAAAUGUAUUUUACUGCACAUCAAAGGAACAUGGAAAAUCUGGAAAGAUUGAUGAAUGCUCUCGCUCAGCCAGUAGUAUCUUGUAUCAGUCCUGCUAAAACCUUCGUUUGAAUUGUUCUAUAUUUUACUAUAAAAGUACUUUGUGAUUAUGCACUUUCCUUUCUUGAAUUCGACCAUCAAUCGCACUAUUUCAUCAUUUCAAAAGGCUCAA